AUGAAAGAUAUGAGAUCACUCUCAUUCUGCUUACAGCUGGUAUCCAUUUCGCUUAUCCUCUUAUCCAGUCAUCUCACACAAUCGAUUCUCGACGCCGAGCCUCUUCACAUUCCUCUUCGCCUUGCCGCUCCUCAUUUGACUAAAAGAGAAAAUACAAAUGAUUUCCUUGCCUUUGAAGCUUGGGCUACGCAGGCCGGUUCCAAACUCAAUUCAAGGUAUGGAGGGGAAACAGACACGGACACAGAUUCAUCAGAGAUCAAACAUUCACUUCACACCCGUCAAAUAGCCAAUGUCCGUCUCACCAAUGCUUUCUCUGAUGCGAUCUACACUGCACCCAUUACUGUUGGGACACCACCUCAAAGUUUUCAUAUGAUCAUGGAUACGGGCUCUGGUGAUCUCUGGAUUGCUGACUCUUCGUGCAAUCAAGACCGGGGGUGCCCUAGCUCUGCAAGAAAGUUUGAUCCACUGAAAUCCACAUCAUACGUGAAUGACUCGAAGGCUUUUAGUGUUCAGUAUGGGUCUGGAAAGGCACAAGGCAUCCUAGCGAAAGAGUCUGUUAGCGUCGGCGGCUUGACCGUCUUAAACCAGCCACUCGGCAUAUGUGAUUCAGUAGAAAAUAUUCUAAGGCCGGGUCUUGAUAUCAGUGGCAUAAUGGGUUUAGCCUGGAGCGGAAUCGCCAGUAGUCCUUCCACUCCAGCCUGGGAAUCACUAUUCUUACAAGAAGCGCUGAGUGAGCCGGUCAUAUCUUUUGCUCUCUCGAGGUUGAACCGUAGCCAUACCCAAAUGACCGCACCAGGUGGUACGAUGACUAUCGGUGGAACUAACAAGCGACAUUAUAACGGCGAGAUUCAUUAUGUUCCCCUUGCCAAGAAUCAGUCAUACUGGUUGAUACCCUUAGAGUCUAUUAUGGUGGGAGGUACAGUUGUGGACAUUGGAACACCGGACAUUGCUAUUGAUACAGGCACUUCUCUGAUAGGUGGUCCAGAUGAAGACUUGAAGACCAUUUUCUCUGUGGUGCCCGGUGCGAGCUUAAUGCAAAAUGGGAGCUUCAAAGGUUACUGGACUAUACCCUGCGAUAAUCCACUCAGCAUUUCGAUGCAAUUUGGCUCCAUCUCAUAUCCUAUUAAUCCACUAGACAUUAACUUAGGAAAAAUCAACUCGAACCGAUGUUUGACAUCUUUUUUUACAAUCAGCAAAUCGAAAUCGGGUGGAAAUAUACCUGAAUGGAUUUUUGGGGCCGCAUUUUUGAAGAAUGUCUACUCCGUCUUUCGAGCUUCACCUCCGUCUAUUGGUUUCGCCCAACUCUCAUCGACUUUUGUUGGCGAAACAACAUUGACACCAAGCUUAAUUAGAAAAUCUCCACUGAGGAAUCAUCCACUGAAGCAAGCGUCCAGAGGAGCACAUCGUCCUCACAAUCAGGGCUCGAAUUUGAGGUCGAAGAUCUCGCCGAUUGGCGCAUUGUCGAUUUUGACUGCAGCCCACUUUUUUUUUAAUUUGUAA